GUAAAUAAUACCCCCCCCCCCCCGGUCCUUGUUGUGUUUGGAAUACCCACUACCGCUAUCAGUACUUGCUGCUAUUAGUGACUUUGGGUCUAGCAAUGAACUGUGAAUCACCUUGUGCCUGUGAGCCGCUCGGCCGUUCAAAGAAUCAUCAACACCGCCAGUGCCCGGCCCCGGAGCCCAGGUCCGGUCUGGAGAACGUCAACCCUCACCAAGCACAGCACCUCCGGGGGUGAUCUGAACAGCACAUUCUCCGCUUCUUUCCCAAGCCAUCAUGUAAGAGCGUGCGGCCGACGAGGGCCAUUAAAAUUCUGCGCACCUCCCACAAACGAUCUCAUCCCAUUUUUUCCCCCACGACCAAACCAAAAAAGCCUCUCGAACCGAGAUCACCACGAUGUCGAGCUCUUGGUUUUGUUCCGCCUUGGAGGGCGCAUCCUCUCCCUCCGAUUCUUCGGAGGAGGAUGUAGCCUUCCUUCGCCCCGCGUCGGUCUCCCUGGCGACGCCGACGCCCGUUGCACGCGCCAACCACAACCGCAGCAGCCAGUCGCCCUCCUUCCUCGCCGCCGCCGCGCCCACCCCAUCGUCUCCCGCCGCCACCAUCCUCGCGGUCCCAGCCAGCCCGCCGACCCGGCGGCUCCUGUUCCCGGAGGCCCCCUACAGCGGGGCGCGCAGCCGGCCGUUCGCUUCCCCGGGGCAAACCCCCGACGACGACGACCACGGCACCACCGCCGUCACCACCACGUGGCGCACUUUCACGCCGCCGUCCCUGGCGCGCUUCCCGGCCCGUCCGCUGCCCGUCUACGGCCCGGCGGGUCCGGCCUAUAACCCGGCCGGGCGCCGUGUCGCUAUUGCUGGUGGCCCCUCGUCGACGCUGCCGUCGUGGCUGGUGGGCUCGGCGUCGGUGAGGAUGGAGAUGGGCGCGGUGUGCGGGGUGGGCGGGGAUGGUCGUUCUAUCUCGAGACUGCGCGGUGAGCAGGGCAACGGUGCCGUUGCCGGUGGGAGGGUUGGGACCUCCACGGGGCUGCACAACUUUGUCCAGCAGACUAACGCCGUGCCCGGGAGCUCCUCUGUCCUUCUGGGCCCGCGUGGUUCUGCGGCUGUGCCGACCGCCGCCCCAUCGACCGGCUGGGUCGAGUCGAUGGGCAUUGACGCUGGGAACCUGUACGCGAGGUUCCUCCGAGUGAACAGCGAGGUUCUCGCCGGCGGCAGCGGUGUGGUUGCGGUCCAGCAACAACAGGAUCAAAAGUUGGAGUUGGGCGGCGGCAGCGGUGUUGGUGUCUGCUUUUUAUCGGGAGUAGAUGAGACGGAAGUGUUGCCUCGGGACGAAGUCUGCGAGGAAUCAGAGUCGGAUACCGCGUACCCUCAGCGGUUUUUGACGGGCAGUGACGCGAUUCCUCAUGUUUCGGUCGCAGCCACUUUCUGUUCCGCCACCUCCACCAACCAGCGCGCCCUCCCUCCCCCAAUGUUCGAAAUGCGACUACCCGAUUUCACAUUUGUUUCUGGGAACCGGCUUUUGUUCAACCCCGACCAGACCGACUUGGCUACCGUUUCUUCUGGCCAAAAUAAUGCCAGCACCUUCCCUUUUCCCCGCGCCGAUUUCAGCGAUUCGUUCAUCGACCCGGAUUUAUUCGCAACCACUUCUCAACAACCCGCUUUCCACCAACCCACUGAUCGAGAUACCGAGAUGGGCAGAAUGGAAGCAAUCGGUUCGAGCGCGAUCCGCGAGUCUAUCGAGAAUGGGCAGCAUUUCCAGUACCAGCUGACCCAGACCGAGGCCAGCACAUCUACCGACACUCAAAGCCCCCAUGCCAAUGCGCAUCAAGCUUUCUACGGCACUGAGCAGAUGAACCUAAGCUAUCAGACUCGCUUUGCGAGCGACUUUCAUUUCGGAAUCGGGAACGGGCCCCAGGCAGAUAAUAUGAGCACCAUCGCGCACAUGGGCUCCGACAUGGGUGCGGCAGAACUCGCCCGGGCACUGAGCGAGGCGACCUCUGCUGGGUACUAUGGAAGCUACGUCGAUACCAAUGAAGAGCACGACCGGAACAGCAACGAGGACGGCGACCAUGACAGCGACGAGGACAGCGACCAUGACGGCGACGAGGACGAUGGGGAGCCCAUGCCGCAUAUUCCCGCAGUCCACCCCGACUUGAUCUACGACCGCAACCACAACCCGGCCGCCGCUUACUGGAGCGCUGUACCCGGAGAUCCCACUAUGAACGGAUACACACUCCCCGCACAGCCACAGGCCAUCAGCAUCUACGACCCGUCGCUCCCGACCUUCGACACAGACCCGUUCCUCCCCUUCGCCCCGUGGCGCGUCAACCAGCUCCCACCCUUCAUCCCCGAGCCCAGCAACCGCGUCACCACCAUCACCGCGCGCAACCUCGCCGCCGUCGGCCAGCUCUACCCCGACGCCACCUUCCUCAUAGCACGCUACCCGGCCUCAGCCAACUUCACCGCCCGCAUCAAGGGCGCCGCCCUCGCCACCUCGGCCGCCCUCCACCUCCCCGCCUUCACCGACCCGGCGCAAUCCCAGAAUGCCGCGCAUGACGACAACAACACCGACGGCGCCGGCGACGACGGACCAACUUACAUCGCGGCCCUAGCCCAACGCGACUGGCCGAUCGGCGGCGUGGCCUUCUUCCCAGCCACCUCCGCGGCCAAGACCUUUGUCGCCACCUUGCAGGGCGCGUUCGACGUGCUCCCGCGCGGGCAGGAGGUGUUUUAUUUCCUGCCGCACGACGUGCGCUACGCCGACGGCUCGGUCGGCGCCGGCAAGGGGGUGUGGGUGUGUCGGGCGUAUGAGGGCCGGAGGGGCCCGCAGGAUCGGCGGCUGAUUGAGCAGUGGAUGGCCGCGCGGGGGGGGAGGGUCGAGCAGGAUGGCUUGGGCAGGGAGGUGUUGGUUAGGAUGGGGGAGGCGUGGAUCGAGCCGGAGAAGUGGCCGAGGGCGGGGCGUGGUGGUGGUGCGGGGAGUGGUGGGAGGAAGAGGGGGGGUGGUUGUGGGGGGGUGUAG